AUGUCCAGUGCUGAAACCAGGGUGAAAUGUGAGAAACUGGAAAAUAAUUUUGAUGACAUCAAACAUACGACUCUUGGUGAGCGAGGCGCACUUCGAGAAGCCAUGAGGUGCUUGAAAUGUGCAGAUGCUCCUUGUCAAAAGAGCUGCCCAACUAACUUGGAUAUUAAGUCAUUUAUCACAAGUAUUGCAAACAAGAACUACUACGGAGCUGCCAGGACUAUCCUUUCUGAUAACCCACUCGGCUUGACAUGUGGAAUGGUGUGUCCAACGUCCGACCUUUGUGUAGGUGGAUGCAAUUUAUAUGCAACAGAGGAAGGUCCAAUUAAUAUUGGAGGACUACAGCAGUUUGCCACUGAGGUUUUUAAAGCUAUGAAAAUCCCUCAAAUAAGAAAUCCAUUGCUCCCCCCUGUGGAGGAAAUGCCAAUCUCAUACAAGACUAAGAUUGCUCUUAUUGGAGCUGGGCCUUCGAGUAUCAGCUGUGCCUCUUUCCUAGCUCGGCUUGGCUACUCUAAUAUCACUGUGUUCGAGAAGCAGAGUUAUGUUGGAGGGUUAAGUGCAUCAGAAAUCCCUCAGUUCCGAUUGCCAUAUGAUGUUGUCAAUUUUGAAAUUGAACUGAUGAAGGACCUUGGAGUUAAGGUAAUUGAGGGCAAGGGCCUGGGAAUGCAUGGAAUGAAUAUAAGGUCUCUGAAGGAAGAGGGGUUUGCAGCAAUAUUCAUCGGUAUAGGGUUGCCAGAGCCUAAAGUUGAUGAUGUAUUCAGUGGCCUUACAACGGGACAAGGAUUCUACACAUCAAAAGACUUCUUACCACUGGUGGCUAAAGCAAGCAAACAAGGAAUGUGUGCCUGUCACUCUCCACUGCCGACCAUAAAGGGAGCGGUGAUCGUCCUUGGAGCUGGAGACACUGCCUUUGACUGCGCAACCUCCGCCUUGCGUUGUGGCGCCCGUAGAGUAUUUGUGGUGUUUCGGAAAGGAUUUACUAAUAUGCGAGCUGUUCCUGAAGAGGUGGAGUUAGCGAAGGAGGAAAAGUGUGAAUUUCUUCCGUUCUUGUCACCUCGCAAAGUCAUUCUGAAAAAUGGCAAAGUGAGCGGCAUGCAGUUUGUCCGCACAGAACAGGAUGAGGCUGGAAACUGGAUUGAAGAUGAAGAUCAGAUUGUUCAGUUAAAAGCAGAAGUCAUCAUAAGUGCAUUUGGAUCUGUACUAAGCGAUCCCACAGUUAUUGAUGCUAUGAAACCACUCAAGUUUAACAAAUGGGGUUUACCGGAUGUUGACACAGAGACCAUGCAAACCAGUGAACCAGGAGUAUAUGCUGGAGGUGACAUUGCUGGAUUGGCUAAUACUACUGUUGAGUCCGUUAAUGAUGGUAAACAAGCAUCUUGGUACAUUCACAAAUUUAUACAGGACUUACAUGGAGAGUCUGUAGCUGAGAAGCCAGAACUGCCAUUGUUCUACACACCAAUUGAAACAGUUAAUAUCAGUGUAGAAAUGGCUGGAUUGAAAUUUCUAAAUCCUUUUGGACUUGCAAGUGCCCCACCAACUACAAGUGCCCCAAUGAUCCGCAGAGCCUUUGAAGCAGGUUGGGGCUUUGCUCUAACAAAAACAUUUUCCUUGGAAAAGGAUAUAGUGACAAAUGUUUCACCAAGAAUUAUCCGUGGAACGACAUCAAGCCACCUUUAUGGUCCAGGCCAAGGGUCUUUCUUAAAUAUUGAACUUAUUAGUGAGAAGACAGCUGCUUAUUGGUGUAAAUCAGUUACUGAACUGAAGGCAGACUUUCCAAAGCACAUCAUUAUAGCAAGCAUUAUGUGCAGCUACAAUAAGGAUGAUUGGAUACAGCUUUCCCAUAUGGCCGAGGCUUCCGGUGCUGAUGCCCUUGAGUUAAAUCUUUCCUGUCCCCAUGGCAUGGGGGAAAGGGGGAUGGGUCUUGCCUGUGGACAGGAUCCAGAACUGGUGCGCAACAUCUGCCGCUGGGUUAGACAAGCUGUCAAAAUUCCUUUCUUUGCCAAGCUGACCCCAAAUGUCACAGAUGUUGUGCAGAUUGCAAUGGCUGCACAAGAAGGUGGUGCAGAUGGUGUUACAGCAACUAAUACAGUCUCAGGACUGAUGGGACUUAAAGCAGACGGAACACCAUGGCCUGCAGUAGGAAGAGGGAGCAGGACCACAUAUGGUGGCGUGUCUGGUAAUGCCAUUAGACCAAUUGCUUUGAGGGCAGUUUCUGCAAUUGCCGGGGCCAUUCCGGGGUUUCCUAUAUUAGCUACUGGUGGAAUUGAUUCAGCAGAGAGUGGUCUGCAGUUUCUUCACAGUGGUGCUUCAGUGUUACAGGUUUGCAGCGCUAUACAGAAUCAAGACUUCACUCUGAUCGAUGAUUACUGCACAGGUCUGAAGGCUCUGCUUUACCUUAUGAGUAUUGAUGAGCUUCAACACUGGGAUGGCCAAAGCCCACCUACCCUACGUCACCAAAAAGGAAAGCCUGUUCCAAAAGUUGCAGACAUAAUAGGAAAGAAGCUUCCAAGCUUUGGACCAUUUUUGGAGCAACGAAAAAUGAUCUUAGCAGAGAACAAGAUCAGAUUGCUUUCUGACAACCCAAGUCUUUCUGCAGAUAUGGAGAAGCAUUUUCUGCCAAAGAAACCUGUUCCAGCAGUCAAGGAUAUAAUUGGCAAAGCAUUGCAGUAUAUUGGCUCAUUUGGCAAUUUAAGCAUUGAAGAACAAGUUGUAGCCCUUAUUGAUGAGGAAAUGUGCAUUAACUGUGGCAAGUGCUACAUGACCUGCAAUGACUCUGGUUAUCAGGCUAUCAAGUUUGAUCCCGAGACCCACUUGCCCACUGUCACUGACAGCUGUACUGGUUGUACUCUAUGUCUGAGCGUUUGCCCUAUUAUUGAGUGCAUCAAAAUGGUUACCAGGACGACACCUUAUGAACCAAAGAGAGGCCUUCCCUUAACCGUGAAUCCAGUGUGUUAAAAUGAUUAGUUCAACAAAUGAUGAAAACUUAAUGCAUACCAUUGCUGUUGUGCCAUCUCAUUAUCAUACAUUAUUUGAAAUCCAGUCAUAUGGAAAUUCUGAAAAGAGAUAGUGGCUUUUAAUUAUAGCUGUACACAUACUGUAGUAACAAUUUCAAAUUCAGUUUUCUUAAUAGAAUCUCAUCUAUCAAGUAUAUCAUGUACGUGUGUAUUAAAUUGAGUGAUUCUACACAUAUAUAGUUAAAAAUGGUUAAUUUUGAGGAUGAUGUUUAAUACAUAAA